CUUUUAAUAACAAGAUCUUCAUAAGAAGAGUAAUUGUUAAAUUAUCUCAACAUCUUACAUAUUGGCAAAGUGAUUCAACACAGCACACAUUCCCUGCUGAUAUCCAGUAAUUUGCGCUUCAGCAAGGACAUCAUAACAUGAGCGAGGAAUAUGCAGGAAAUUCUCCCACUUCUGGGACGCCGAGUGGGAAGCUUAUUGAAUUGAUUAGUGAGAAGAUCUCCCGGAAGGAGAUGUUCUAUUCCAUCGAGGUCACACCUUCGGAUCCGCCACUCGAUUUAACAUCCUUGAAUCCUCCGCCGCUUUUCGCCAGCAUCACGUGGAUUUCAGACAAGAAUCUCGUGGCCUUUCAACACAGUCCUAAAGCUUGUCCAGCGCUGGAAAUGGCAAGAGAGCUUCGGAAUAAUUUCCCUGUUCUUUCUCAUCUCACAUGCUUCAAGAUGACUUCGGGAGAUUUAACGAACAUAUUGAGGAUUGGGAAUUUGGACAGCUUUUUCGCUCUUCAAGGCGAUGCUUCUGGGAAUUGUCCGGAGUUUCGAUACGCCGCUGAGUUGGUGAAAUGGCUACGAAGCAAUCGUCCAGACGCGACAAUCGCCGUGGCCGGAUAUCCUGAUGGGCAUUUCCUCGCCACAUCGCUUGAAGAUGAUUUGCAGCGAUUGAAAGAGAAAGUCGACGCCGGAGCGGAUUUAAUCAUCACUCAAGUGAAUUUUUCCGCUUCAAAAGUCAUUGAGUUUAUGAGAAAAUGCCGCUCAAUCGGAAUCAAAGCCACUUUUCUGCCAGGACUCUUCAUUCCACCGUCCUUUGAAUCACUCCAAUUUGUUACAAAACUCGGCCGGAUUGUUGUCGAUGAGGAUAUUUGGCGGAAAUUCAGGGAAACUAGAGAGAACAAUGAUGCCUUUCAGGAAGUGAUUUUGAGCAUCACGGAAAAGUGGGCAAGGCAAAUUCUUGAAGAAUGCCCAGAAGAAAUCUCUGGCUUUCACAUCUUCACGUGGAAUAAUCUCGAGAUGACGCAGAAGUUUAUUAAUCGCUUUUCCUUCUAGUAGAAAAAUCGCCAUUGUCAGUUUUCCAACGCAAGGCAUUUUAUCGUGAUGGGCGAAUCUGGAAAAUAUUGAAAUAUAUUCGCCAAAUGUCGCGGAAAAUUGGU